GGUGCCGCCCAUGAGAUUUUUGAGAUUUUUUCAAGUCGAGGGUAGUGGAAGGAGGCCCUUUAUACGUGAGUCUGUCAGAGAGGAGAGAGAGAGAGAGAGAGAGAGAGAGAGAGGACUCUCUACUGGCAACUUGGGCUGCCGACCCGGUACGCGACUAACACAACACACCCAUACUCAUCACACACGUAGCACACACACACACACACGCACACACACCCACAUGCACGCGCACCCAUCACAAACGCACGCGCGAACGUUCUUGACCGCGGUUGUGGUCCCGAAGCUCUUGCUGGAGGUUGGGCUCUGCGUUGUGAGGCUCGACGACGCUGAGGAUUGGGCUGUUGAUUGCGUGGAGUCUAAGAGACGGCCGGGCCACCAUAAAUGAAGUGUGUAUUUUUUUGUUCCAGCCACGUUUUCUGGUCGGAGUUGAAGGCGCGCUACAGGGGAUUGACAAGGCGGGCAUCUGAAAGAGAGCAAAAGCUUGGAAGGGGAGUGAGCAGCAGAGAGGUGAAGGGGUGGUGGAGGCUCUCUGGUCGGAGUUGAAGGCGCGCUACAGGGGAGCGACAAGGCGGGCAUCUGAAAGAGAGCAAAAACUGAGAAGGGGAGUGAGCAGCAGAGAGGUCAAGGGGUGGUGGAGGCUCUUGUAAGGAGGGGUCAACGGAGGAAAGGGCUAAGGGAGGGGGAGAAGUGUGUUCGAGACAUGGGGUGCUAAGUUUAGCGGGGAGGAGGAGGAAAUCCUACGACACACAAGUCGAUCCAAUUGUCAGAAGGGUUAAUUGAGUGCAAGAAACGUACAGAGGAAAGGGGGAGGACCCCGGGGGGGGGUGGGGGGGGGGGGGGGGGUGCGGGGCGGCAACGCAGAGAAGGAGAAGACAUAGAAGCCUGGCAGUUUGAUGGUAUAAAAAACGGGUGACUUGCAGAGAGGGAGGGAGAAAGGAGAAGUAAGAAGUAAGGAACAACGAACUGAGGAACACUGAAAGGAGGGUAGGAGAGAGAAGCAAUGGACGUCGUACUGCAGCCUGCUCUGGCCAGUACGACUCGAGCUGCAUCUGCCUCUGUCUUUCCUGCUGGGAGUCCGUUCGGCAGUGGCUAUGGUAAUGGCACCAUCCUGAGGGAGAUGGAUGGCCACCAUAGCCGAUCAAGAGCCUCAGAGUUGUUGCCAAAUAGCUUGCGUUCCGGUUCGGCUAUGGUGGCCACAACUCGUGUUGAUGCCGAUGUGGCUAUGGAGGUUAGGAGCGGGGACAUGAAAGUGUUGUUGUCAACAAGGAGGAAGGCCAGAGAGCAGGAGAAGAGGUUCCGAAGGGGAGUGGUGGUCCUUCAGGAGGGCCUAGCAAGAAAGGCGGGGAGUGGCAAAGGAGGCAGAGGAUCGAUGACGAGGAGGAGUGCGAUUUGUCACCCUUUGGGAAAUGCGGGGUGGUUGCCCGGUAAGCGGGGGGGGUAUCGCAUCUUUGCAGGGCUUGGAGGGGUUAACAGAGAAGGAGGUGGUGAUGGCUGGAUGAACGGAGGAUGGGAAUCGAACAAAGGCGAAGAUCAGGGGUGUGAAACUGGACCUUCUAAGAGGGAAGAUGAUACCAAGGAGGGCAGCAAGGAGGAGGAGGAGGAGGAGGAGGAGGAGGAGGAGGAGGAGGAGACGGUUGGGAGGAGCAUGGGGUCUGUCCUGCUUCCCUGGAAUAUCGACCACUCGGCAUUCACAAACUGCAAGUCGAUUAUCAGAAAAAAAGAUGGCACAGUGGAAGGGCUUAGAAUGACCAGAGGUGGGGUUGAGGGUGCUAGAGAUCAAACAGGGCAGAUCGAUGCCAAAAAAAAAGACGACCUAGCCGGAAUGUCUGGUGCGCAAGUUGUGGGAUGGACAACUGGGUCAGGAAUGGCUGGUCCGAUUGCUCCAACCAUGCAGCAGCCAGGAGAAACAGAUGAGGCGUGCGUUAUGAAGAAGGACGAUGCCGUAGGUCUCGUGAUGCAAGCUGCAUUAGGUACAGGAUGGACAACAGGGUCAGGCAUGACUGGUCCCCACACUUCGACGCAAGAUGGGGAGGGUUCGUCGCUAGGCGGAGACUCAGACAAUUGGACUCCUUGGGUUGGCUUAAGUACAUCGCCAAGAAGACGAAUGAGGGUGAAGUUCACCUGCAACCUCUGCGGCGAGAGAACGACACGAGCAAUCAAUCCGCAUGCGUAUAAGGAAGGAACAGUAUUUGCACAGACGCUACCUGUGGAGAGGUCCGUGAGGCGUGGAGAAAGCUUGAGUGAGAUGUUCGCUGGUACUUUGAACACACUGCUGGAAAUGUGGGGAGUUGGCAGCAAAGGGAGGUUGUUUCAGUCUUGAGUCAUAUGCUCGCUGCCGCUGUGAAGUCCAUAGUAUGAACAGACCGAUGGAGAUUCGGUGAAUAGGCAGGAAUUUCAGGGGACGCAAAUAUAGCAUUUUUUAGUGACAAGUGAUGUUGUGACUGGUCUGGUGUGUUGCUAUUCUCUGUUUGAGUUCGAGCACUUGUGUUAUGACUCUUAGGAGUUCAUUUAGCUGUCUGCUACAUGUAGGAGCGUGCUUGUGGCAGGAGAUUAGGGAGAAGACAGACGACAAGUGCAAGGAAGGAGGAGGGGAGGGAGGGAGGGAGGGAGGGAGGGAGGGAGGGAGGGUAAGAUUGAACAUCAUCCAUCCUUAGGAGGGAGUGGGGGGUAUGUACAGCUCUGUGUAUAUUUGCUCAGAAUCCCCUUCCAUUGGCCUCCUCCAUUGGAGUUCGAACGGAAGUUUAAAAAGCCGUUAGGUGCUCCAUGUGCCAGUGCUUCAGGGAGAUUCCUUGAAGCUACCGCGAAGUUUCUUUGAGGCUGCAAUGUAUGUAAUUUCCGGGUUCCCUUCGCUCCUCUGUAAACUUUUGUAAAUAAUCUGGACGUGUUUGUGCACAGGUGCAGAUCGUAGGCUUGUUGGAUAUACAGUUGUGUAAGCAUGUUGAUAAAGUAUUCCUGUUUUUUUCGCUUUUGGUGAAAUUUGGUGCCAAUUCUUGUGUCGACUGAUGGUAAUCGAUUGGUAGUUGGUAGUUGGUAGUGAGGAAGUGGUGGUCCUUAUCGAUUGGUAAUUGGUAGUCAGCAAGUGGUGGUCCCGCGGUUAACCACUUGAGUAAUCGGUGUCUGUUGUGCGGUUCUUUGGGACAUUGCCUUCAAGUCGAACUGGAGGAUAGACUCGAUGGAGACCGCGGUGGUCUGGGCUGUACAUAAAAAUUGGUAGUUUGCAAAAGGCUUAGAAAUAGCUGGUUACCUGAACUUGGCUCUUAUGUUGUGGAAUGUGCAGUUGUUCUAGGCGUACCAUUUAGUGGCAGUCACUCUUUCUGGACACGGUAUGUGGAGUCUGGUGACGUUAAUUUUACCUUCGCCCCGGAAGCAUCAAUUUGUGUACGCUGUAUAGUUGGUGGAAGGGGUCCCACCUAAUUUGGGUGAGAUGGUGAAUGCUGUGUGGGGGGUGAGGAAAGUGGUGGUCCAGGGAACUUAGAGUGUGUUAUUGAACAAGAUCAGUACGCAUGUAUAUGCAUUCCAAUGAACAUGUGCAUCCAUU